AUGUUGAUAGCCAAGUCAAAGGGCGAUCUGGAAGAUCCGAAAUACCCCAGAUCCCCAAGUCCAAGCAGCACAUGGAGUGCUACCGAUGAGCGUCAAGCUCGACGAAAAAUCGACUUUUCGGUCUUGCCAUUGCUUUUCCUGGGCAUGACAGUGUUUCAGUUGGAUCGUAUGAAUGUCGCCAGUGCCUUGACGGGUGGGUUUGGCGAUGAUAUCAACGUCAACCAGAAUACCAUUAAUCUGGGAAAUCAAUUGAUGUUCCUGGGUAUUAUUGUUCUGGAGAUUCCCUCCAACAUCCUACUCCAACGGAUCGGCCCCGAAAAAUGGAUGCCGACGCAGGUGCUCCUGUUCGGAAUCAUCGCCAUCUUCCAGGUCUUCCUCAAGAACAGAACCGGGUUUUUAGUGAUUCGUGCUCUGCUCGGUCUCACGGAGGCUGGGUACAUCCCGGGAUCGGUCUACACUCUCUCGACCUGGUAUGUCGGACCGGAACUGGCGAAGCGCGUUGCCAUUCUGUUCUUCGGGAUGUUUGGAGGGAAUGCCAUUUCCCCAUUACUGGGGGCUGGUAUUCUUCGACUGGAUGGACGACACGGUCUGAAGGGGUGGCAAUGGAUCUUUCUGGUCGAGGGCUUGAUGACGAUCGGAUCCGCAAUUCUCCUGGUCGUAUUCCUCCCGCGCAGUCCGGAUAGACCACGGCCAUUCCUCGUCAAACGGGGCCUCAUCGCCUUCUCGGAUCACGACAGGGAGACGUUGCUUAACUACCGACGUUGGCCACACUUCAUCUCCACUGCCUGUGUCUUCUCGACCUGGAGUCCACUCACAACGUAUACUCCGUCAAUCGUGAUGGCACUCGGUUUUAAUCGCAUUCAAGCGAACGCUCUCAGUGCCAUCGGUGCAUUCAUGACCUUGCCUUUGGUGUUCUUCUUUGCCUGGCUCAGUGAUAAGACCGCAAGACGUGGUCUCGUCGUCAUCACCGCGAUCUCCUGCUAUUUGAUUGUCUUGAUAGUCGCACGCGCCGUUCUCCCUUCUGUCGGAAAAUGGAAUCGAUUCGGCAUCUGGACUGUCGUUAAUGCCUUCGCCGUAGGGUACCACCCUAUCCAUAACACAUGGGUGCAGGUCAAUUGUCGUGAUGCGGGUGAAAGAAGUAUAUCUAUUGCAAUGUGGGUGAUGAGUGCCAUUGCCGGGCUUAUGGCUGGAACGCAGAUCUUUCGUGCAAAUGAUGCGCCAGACUAUCUUCGGGGCCUCGUAAUUAUGAUCGCCCUCGUGGCAUCGGGACUUGUGCUGGCCUCCACUCAGGAAGUUGUUUAUCUCUUCCUGAACCGUCGCGCAAGAAAGCAAGGCGAGGAGGCGAUUUACGUGCCGUGA